AUGAUGGAGAGAUCGGAUGCUGGGUUAGAGAAACGGUGGUUCGGCAAAUUCCUCGACUGGCUGAAGAAGAUGAACACUGUUGAAGCUGGAAAUGAUGGCUUCCUCAGCAUGGCCUUCCAAAAGAGCUUUCUCCUUUAUCGAGCUGCCAAAGGAUGCCCCCGCCGAAGUUUCUAUGAAGAGAUGAAAAUGUAUUUGGAUGCUGAUGUCCAAAUGGACGCCACCUAUGCAUACUAUCUCUCAGGGACGAUUGUGCCUAUGAAGGUGGCCGACACCUAUGGGUACUUGGGGGUGGAACCAAGCGCCUAUCUCGGGUUGCGCGUCGAAGGAAACGCCAUCCUGACCUACACCUCGGAGUGGAAGAAGCUCAUUGACACGCUUGCCUAUCCUUGGUUGAGCAUCAAGGGUAUCGCAACUGUUGGUCCCAGCCUGGACAUCUACGGUCGGAUCCGCGGUAGUGUCUCUCUGAGCGCAAUUUCACAUUCGGUCUGGCGUACGCGACGAGUCUCAGCGACACGCCCGAUCAAUGGGGCAGAUUUGCAUUCGAUAAUUUCGAGAUGGGCACUACUACAGGCAAGACACCAUCGCAUGUUUUCUGUGCGGUUAAAUCUGUUCAAUCAACCGGAUGUCUAUCGGUUUGGAUCUUUUAACGGGUACUGCUACGAUCCGCAGAUAAGGCGGUCUUGGCCUGCAUAUACUAAGUGCAAGGCCAACUUUGUUGGCAGUCAGUUCAGCGACCAUCCGUCUCCGGCGAGAUGGAGCAAGCGUGGUGAUGGUCAGGAGGAGCUGAUCAACGAAGACGGAGGAUGGGAGAUUGACAGUAUUGAAAUGGAUCUGGAUGAGGAUGCGUGA